UUAUUUGUAAUUAGUACUCUCGACGUCACUUGCUUUUCAGAAUACUUGCGCAGUGCACUUCCCUUUCCCCAAGUUCACGGUGGUGCUCUGCCUGUGGAUAGAAGUUUUCUGAUUGUGUAACUGAAUUAUUUAUAAUAGUCAUAAUGGCACCACCAUCCUACUCCGAUUUGGGUAAAGACGCUCGCAACGUGUUUGGAAAGGGUUAUCAUUUCGGCUUAAUUAAGCUUGAUUGUAAAACAAAGUCAGCCUCUGGAGUUGAAUUCUCAAUGGGAGGUUUUUCCAAUCAAGAUACAGGAAAACUGUUCGGUUCAUUGGAAACUAAGUACGGAAUCAAAGAGUAUGGACUGGUAUUUUCUGAGAAAUGGAACACAGAUAAUACAUUGGGCAUGGAAGUGAGUGUUGACAAUUACCUUGCCAAAGGACUGAAAAUUUCAUUGGACUCAACAUUUGCACCACAAACUGGGAGCAAGUCAGGCUGCCUAAAAACUGAAUUUAAGAAUGAUAUGUGUGCAGUUAACAUGGACGUUGAUUUGAUUUUGGCAGGUCCUAAUGUUAAAGUAGCAACUGUUCUUGGUUAUAAUGGAUGGCUAGUAGGUUACCAGACUGCCUUUGACAGUCAGAAAUCCAAACUAACUAAAAACAAUAUUUCCCUUGGAUACUCGGCUAGUGAUUUCAUUCUCCAUACCAAUGUGAAUGAUGGGCAGGAAUUUGGUGGAUCGAUUUAUCAGAAAGUGAACUCCCAGCUGGAAGCGGGAGCCCAACUAGCGUGGUUUGCAGGCACAAAUGAAACCAAUUUUGGAAUUGGAUGCAAAUAUUCUAUUGACAGAGAAUCCUCUAUUAGAGCAAAAGUUAAUAAUGCCAGCCAGAUAGGGAUAGGUUACUCACAGAAAAUCCGUGAAGGUAUUACGGUUAGUUUGUCAGCGCUAAUUGACGGCAAGAAUUUCAACCAGGGUGGACACAAGAUAGGUGUAGCUCUCGAGAUGGAGGCCUAGAAGUGUCACAGAAAGUACAGUGAUAACAUGGUGAAGCUUGAAGAAAAGUGUUAUUGGUAGAAGUAUGCCGGUGAUGGAAUGGACUGCACAUGGAAUAUGUGCCCAGACUUUGUUCACAUUUUACCAGCAUUAUUUAUUUUUACAGCUAGCAGCACAAAAUUGUGCUUCGUGAUCCUUUGAAUAAUUAUACAGCAUGGUGAAACAAAACUUGAGGAUGUUAAUAUUUUAGAUGUCACUAUUGGAGACACCUAUGUAUUUACUGUAUUGUUGGCUGAAUUAAAACAUAAUUGUAUAAGAACUACUGUACAGUAUAAGUGCUGAAAUUUUCUUCAAGCCUCACAUUUGUAAAUUACAAAAUGAAACCAUUUUGAAGGUGCAAUGAA